AUGGUGGGACGCCCUUCUGCGCGUAUUACUCCGCAGGCGGAGAGGGGGGACGGCGUAUGGUCUACGCUUGGCCCAGUUCUCAGCUCAAGUCGAGUGCUUCGCAUGGGGAUCUGGCUGAAAGUGAAUGAUGUCGAGAAGACAAGUUCGAAGGAUGUAGUAUGCAGUUCCGCAUAUCCAUCGUUUUUUUUUGUUGUGGGUUUUACUACGAUCAUCUAUCUUUACAAAAAUGAGUUUGUGUCUACUCGUCAACCUGAAACAACGUCUACUCAUCAAAUUGGAACAACUUCUACUAAUGAAUCUAAAACAGUGUCUACUUAUAAAUCCGAAACAACGUCUACAAUUGCAAUAAAUAUAACAUCGUCUCCAUUACGAACAGGUAAAAUAGUUCUUUUGUUUUGGAGUAAAUUUUUUGGUGCUUCACCCGCUUCCUUUGAAGUAAACUUGCCAAAAGGUGACAAAGAAGGUGAAUGUCCUGUGGCCUGUGAGGUUACAUCAGACCAUCAGCGAGCUAAAGAAGCAAAUGGAUUUAUUGUACAUUCAAGAGAUCCAUAUCCUCUACCUCCAUCAAAAGAUGUUCCCUGGAUCCUAACGGGUAUGGAAAAUCCUGUUUAUACUCCUAUACUUCCUGACGGCAACUUUAUGUCACAGUUUCAAUUGUCGAGAAGCUAUCGACUUGAUUCUGAUUUUCCUACACCACUCUUCACAAAGCCAAAUUUAGAUCCACCGGUUCCUUUUGAGAAAAAAACGGGAGGAAUUAUUGCUACUCUUUCCAACUGCGAAGCUGUCAGGACAGCGUAUAUAAGACAUCUCAUGGAACAUGUUCAUGUCGAUUCCUAUGGUGGAUGUUUACAUAAUAAAGAUGGUAUAGUAGGACGCUGGGCACCAAACUUUAGAGAAGCAAAACAAGAUGUGGAAAAAUUAUACAAGUUUGUUAUUGUGUUUUUCAACCAAGAUUGUGAUUACUAUGUUGAUGAAAAAAUUCUUAAUGCACUUAACGCAGGUGCAGUACCUGUGGUGAUGAGCACGGAUAAAAUUAAUGAUUUUUUACCUGGAAAUCUGAAAAAUGCCAUUAUCAAUGUCCGAGAAUUUAAGUCUCCCAAAGAAUUGGCGGAGCGACUUAAGUUUCUAAUGAACAACAAAACUGAGUAUAAUAAGUUCUUGGAAUGGAAAGUAAAAGGCUUAGGUCAUAUUAACGACACUGUGAUUGGAAGAUUUUGGGAAAGUAAAUUUAGACAAUGGUGUUAUGUGUGCCAGGGAGUAUCGGAUGGAAGAGGGCACAAAGAAGGUCUUAAACCUGACACAAAGAAGGUCUUAAAUAUGUACCGAGUUAGUAAGGAAUUAAAACGUUUGAUAUCUGCAUUUUUUUCGAUUUUGAGUUUAAGAAAAUUGGACAAACAAUGUUCUAAACUCGUUUAUUUCGUUUAGAUGCAAUAAGUCGACCAACGCAUUUUGUACACUCAUGCCUAUGGGGCGCGAAGUGUUUCUUUAUUAUUUACGGAAUUUUUAA